UGAAAAGUACAACCAGGAAGACUCAAACAGGUUGUUCAGACGCUCCAGAGCCUGAAAGAAACCAAAACCAGACCCGGCAGUCAUCAGAAAUCCAGCCUGUCGUGGUUGAAAGACUCACAGGACUCCGCAUGGAGCCGUCUAACCUGCAGAAAGCCAUCGCCGUGGCGCAGAAAGCCUCGGAGGAGGACCACGCUGGAAACUACGAGGACGCCAUCCGCUCCUACCAGCACGCCGUCAAGUACUUCCUGCACAUUCUGAAACGUGAGCCACAGGGCAAAGACGGCAACCAGAAGAUUCGAGAUAAAUGCAAACAGUACCUGGACAGAGUGGAAGAGCUGCAGGCGUAUCUCGAUAUUAAAGAGAAAGCCAUUGAUCUCGCCAGCAAGGCGGCUCAGGAGGAUAAAGCUCAGAACUUUGAGGAGGCUCUGCGUCUGUACCAGGCUGCCGUUCAGUACUUCCUGCACGUGGUGAAAUACGAAGCCCACGGCGAGAGAGCCAAAGCGAGUAUCCGUGAGAAGUGCAACGAGUACCUGGGCCGAGCGGAGAAGCUGAAAGAAUACCUGAAGAAGAAGGAGAAGGCUCCUCCCUCCAAGCCCGUCAAAGAGUCGCAGUCUGAUGACAAAGGGAGUGAAAGUGAUGACGGGGACGAUCCGGAGAAAAAGAAGUUUCAGAAUCAGCUCUCAGGUGCAAUUGUCAUGGAGAAACCAAAUAUCAAAUGGAGCGACGUGGCCGGUUUAGAAGGAGCCAAAGAGGCGCUGAAGGAAGCCGUCAUCCUCCCCAUCAAAUUCCCCCACCUCUUCACAGGGAAGAGAACCCCUUGGAGGGGGAUUCUCCUCUUCGGGCCUCCAGGAACAGGAAAGUCCUACCUGGCCAAAGCUGUCGCCACAGAAGCAAAUAACUCCGUCUUCUUCUCCAUCUCUUCAUCUGACCUGGUGUCCAAGUGGCUGGGAGAGAGCGAGAAGUUGGUGAAGAACCUUUUCAGCCUGGCGAGGGAGAACAAGCCCUCCAUCAUCUUCAUCGACGAGAUCGACUCACUGUGCGGCUCCCGGAGCGAGAACGAGAGCGAAGCCGCUCGUCGCAUCAAGACAGAGUUCCUGGUCCAGAUGCAGGGUGUUGGGAAUAACAAUGAGGGCGUGCUGGUGCUCGGGGCCACAAACAUCCCGUGGACUCUCGACUCUGCCAUCAGGAGAAGGUUUGAGAAGAGGAUUUACAUCCCGCUUCCUGAAGAGCACGCCCGCUCCUACAUGUUCAAGCUGCACCUGGGCUCCACGCCCAACAGCCUCACCGAGUCCGACUUCGUCACCCUGGGAAAGAAGACGGACGGGUACUCGGGCGCCGAUGUCAGCAUCAUCGUCCGAGACGCCCUGAUGCAGCCCGUGAGGAAGGUCCAGUGUGCCACCCACUUCAAACGGGUACGAGGUCCUUCAAGAACCGACCCCAAUGUGACCGUAGAUGACCUCCUGACCCCGUGCUCGCCCGGCGACCCCAAUGCCAUUGAGAUGUCGUGGGUGGACGUGCCUGGAGAGAAGCUCAUGGAGCCCGUAGUUUGCAUGGCCGACAUGCUGAGGUCUCAGUCCAACACGAAGCCAACAGUGAACGAGCAGGACCUGGAGAAACUGAAAAAAUUCACAGAGGACUUUGGACAGGAGGGCUAAGUGGGAAGACGGCGCCGACUUGAACCAAAGCAGAGGGAUUGUGUGUCUUUGCUGUCCUUGUUCCCUUUUCUCUCUGUCUCUCUGUCCCAUCCUAACGUUUCACUGGGCCUGAAUCUGAUAACCACACUAAAGGUGGGAGGCCUGAUAUUAUCUGAUGUUCACUCUUUUCCAAAGAUUAGACUCCCCCGUGUCGUCCUGGUUUAUGCACUAAACUUUAAGCAUCGACGAGCAGAGAAAGUUCAGAGAAACUGGCAUUGGAAUUAUUGAAGAAUUAAAUUCAAGAUAACUUAUUUUGAGGUAGGACUCACUUGUGUGUCAGAAGUAAACAUGUUUAGUCCUGACACACACUCUAUUUUUAUUAAGAAAAACAAGCAUUUUCUAGCCUCUACUCUUCUUUGAGGAAUGUAAGAGUCUCUUCUUUGUGGUGGAAACUGUCUCACGGUGGUGGACUUCGACAGAGUUUUGAGACACAUACUCAGGAUGUGACCUUCAGUAACUUUGGAUUGAUUCUCCAGCUUCCAAACACUUGACACAUGUCAGAUGUAACAGCUGAUCAGCAGCAGACCAGCUUUAGUCCUCCUCCUCUCAUGGACUCCAUAGCUUUGAAUUGUUUUCACCUCUUUUGUUUUUUACAGUAUACUGUACAUAUGUGUCAUUGCUAUCCACAAGGCUUUGCUGAUUGUCCUUAAUGCAAGCUAUGAAAAGCAAAAACACUUCAGCCUUAUAUUGAUAAAAUCAAAAGUGAGGUGGGAAGCAGGAUACUAACAGCAUCUCCGAGCAUGAACUUUAAGUAGCCAUGAAUGGCAACGUGCACCAUGUGCCUUCUAGACAAAGCUGCAAGAUCUUUUUUUUUUAAUUAUUAUUAUUGGUAUAUUUCUAAAUUACUGCUUAUUAUAUCAAGUGCGUUGUCACUACAUCUAGGAAACGUUGAGUACGGUUCAUGUACCGCUCGCUCUUAGAGUCUGUAUGCAACUUUAUUCUGCAGCUUCUGAGAUGUGCAAACUGUGUUGUUUGUGUGUGUGUUGGGGAACAUCUCUCAUUUUACUGUAAAUGUCUAUACAUAUAGCAGCCAGCUUUUGAGCCUUUUCUUUUAGAAGAGGUCAUCCAUGCAUAAAGUUUUCUGUUUUUCAUUUUCACUGUGUAAAUAAAAGUUAAAGCAACGUUU